UACAUGGUUAUUUUUUGAAAUCAUGUGAGAUAAUUUGUAGUCUGUGCCUAGGUAUCCUUGUAAAUUUGAAUGUAGAGAAAAAUAAAACACAAAAACGUGUUGCAUUGACUACAUAAAUUGCGAGAGUGUGACAGCAGGUGGGGUGGUGGUGAUGGUGGUGGUAAUGUUAAACAGUUACAGAUACAAUUUAUAUUAUUUGGAUAUUAUUGGUAGUCGGUAUGUGUACAAAUAAUACAAUAUUUCACCGAUGCAGUUCUCGUCUUUGGUCCCUGUAGCAUGCGCGCUCAUGCCCCCUGAUCCCUCCGGCGCCCGGAUGUUCGGUCUGCUUAGGACAACAUGGUCGCCUGACGGAGCAAGACGUGUUCACGAGCGUGCUGGAAUCUCUGUGCAUUCUCACCGCGACCGCGAGGUUAAAUCAGCUGACGGCUGAGCAGAGGGGAACUGUAUAUGCCUAUCUUUGACAUAGAGCUUUCUGGGUAGGGGGUCCUGAGGAUUGCUUUGCAGAGAGCUGAAGGAUGGACUGCCACCUCUGCCCUGCUCCUCCUGCUCCUUCUCAGACGCAAGUCCGCUUGAUCAGUUAGCGCUGCGCGUCUGCGCUAAUCUCAGCUCCAGUUAGCGCCGCUCCCUUCGCACAGCAGCUCUGCUGAAGUUAGUGGCUGAAGUUAGCUGUUAGCUUUGGCACUAGCAACAGCGCCGCUUGGUGCUCAGCGACUACGCUAGCCGCUGUUUCGGUUUGGGCUUUGCAUUUGUGCGGACAGCUCUCGAUCAGUUCCAGCCUCGGGCUCAGAGCCUCAAAGCCUCCUCACCUCACCUCACCUCAUCUGCCUUAACUGAAUAUUUUUAUUUUUAUUUUUAUCAUUUGGGAUUGUAAGAGCGACAACCAUCAAAAUGCUGGACGAAUAUCUGUGGAUGGUGAUCGUGGGCUUCAUCAUUGCCUUCAUCCUGGCCUUCUCGGUGGGGGCCAACGACGUGGCCAACUCGUUUGGCACGGCGGUGGGCUCGGGCGUGGUGACGCUGCGGCAGGCCUGCAUCCUGGCCUCCAUCUUCGAGACGCUGGGCUCCAUGCUGCUCGGCGCCAAGGUGGGCGAGACCAUCCGCAAGGGCAUCAUCGACGUCAACCUGUACAACGAGACGGUGCCCGUCCUCAUGGCAGGAGAGGUCAGCGCCAUGGUCGGGUCUGCAAUAUGGCAGCUGAUUGCCUCUUUCCUGAAGCUUCCCAUCUCAGGAACACACUGCAUCGUGGGAGCCACCAUCGGCUUCUCCAUGGUUGCUAUCGGCACCAAGGGUGUGCAGUGGAUGCAACUGGUGAAGAUCGUGUCCUCCUGGUUCAUCUCCCCCCUGCUGUCUGGCCUGAUGUCGGGACUGCUCUUCUUCGUCAUCAGGCACUUCAUCCUCAACAAGGAUGAUCCCAUGCCCAAUGGCUUGAGGGCCCUUCCCCUGUUCUAUGCCACUACCAUUGGCAUCAACACCUUCUCCAUUAUGUACACUGGAGCCCCAUUGCUGGGGCUGGAACUGAUGCCAGUAUGGGCGAUCGCAUUGAUAACUUUGGCAGGAUCAAUAGUGUGUGCAGGGGUGGUGUGGUUCUUAGUCUGCCCUUGGAUGAGGAGGAAAAUUGCUGGCCAGUUGAAAGAGGAGCACCUGUCUCGCAUCUCUGAUGAGAGCCUGGAUAAGAUUCCCGAGGAGGAGGAGGAGGCGCCCGUCUUCAAGGAGCUCCCGGGCGCCAACGGCCCCGACGACGACUCCGUGCUGCCCCUCACAGGCCCCACCACGCCAGAGGCCAGCGGCCUGGCCAACGGGGCCGCGCCGCCCCCCAACGGACGCUUCUACGGUCGCACUCACUCCAUGACCAACGGCUGCCUCAAGUCCCCGGUGUCCAACGGCAGCUUCAGCUUCGACCACAUGCGCAGCGACGGGCAGGUGUACCACACGGUGCACAAGGACUCGGGCCUGUACAAGGACCUGCUUCACAAGAUCCACCUGGGCCGGCUGGAGGACGAGCGCAGCGCCUCGCGCGCCGACAACAACUACCGGCUGCUGCGCCGCAACAACAGCUACACGUGCUACACGGCCGCCAUCUGCGGCAUGCCCAUGCAGCCGCUGCGCGCCGAGGCCGCCACCGCCGCCGACGACGCCGAGAAGCUGGUGGGCGACACGGUGCUCUACUCCAAGAAGCGCGUGCGCUACGACAGCUACUCCAGCUACUGCAACGCCGUGGCCGAGGCCGAGAUCGAGGCCGAGGAGGGCGGCGUGGACGUCAAGCUGGCCUCGGAGAAGACGGGCGCGCCGGCGCCCCCCGGUGGCCUGGAGGAGCUGCCCGAGGAGGAGAAGGACGAGAAGGACCGGCCGCAGGUGUUCCUGCUCUUCCACUUCCUGCAGAUCCUCACCGCCUGCUUCGGCUCGUUCGCCCACGGAGGCAAUGACGUCAGCAAUGCCAUUGGCCCGCUGGUGGCGCUGUGGAUGAUCUACGAGCAGGGCGGCGUGAUGCAGGACGCGGCCACCCCCAUCUGGCUGCUGUUCUACGGGGGCCUGGGCAUCUGCGCCGGCCUGUGGGUCUGGGGCCGCCGCGUCAUCCAGACCAUGGGCAAGGACCUCACCCCCAUCACCCCCUCCAGUGGAUUCACUAUAGAGUUGGCCUCCGCACUCACUGUUGUGCUCGCUUCCAAUAUUGGAAUUCCUGUCAGUACCACCCACUGCAAGGUGGGCUCUGUUGUGGCUGUGGGUUGGCUGCGUUCCAAGAAGGCGGUGGACUGGCGACUCUUCCGGAACAUCUUCCUGGCGUGGUUCGUGACGGUGCCGGUGGCCGGCCUGUUCAGCGCCGCCGUCAUGGCCCUGUUCGUGUACGGCAUCCUGCCCUACGUCUGAGAAGGAGAACCAAGGAACGAGAGCGUGCGCGCGAGGGAGAGAGAGAGAGAGAGAGAAGAGAGAGAAGGGAGGAAGAAUAAAGUGCAAGAGGGCUAGCAGAAAGAGGUGUGGAAAAGGAAAGAGGAAGGAGCAGGGGGAAGACAGGUGAUGGGGACAGUGUUCAAUGAAAUGCUGCCAGGAAGUGACACGGAAACUUCCUGCUGCCAGGUCUGCUCUUUUAUUUAUUUUUGUUUGUCUUUACCAAAUUUAGCUUUUGUACCCGAAGCAAACAGGACUCUUUGGUGCAGUGAUGUGACAUUGUAUUUAUCAUGCAAACACAGGUACUAUUGAGCGAGACAUAUGCAGACACACACACAAACACACAGACAGGCACACAGGUCAGUGGUGUGCUCCCGAGAGAAAUACUAAUACACUGGCUGACCUCGACGCCCACCCUUCAUGCCAUCCACACAUUACCCUUGACCCCUGACUUGUGACCUCGCCAAAUGAGGGUUCCAUAGGUAUUUGUGUUACCAUACAAAUCCUUUUCUGAAGGCAGUGGUCAUAUUGCUGUGUUUUUUUAAAUGAAGAUCCUUGUUUUAGUACUAUAUUGUACUGUCCUUUUCUGUACAUAUUCUUUAAGAUGUGUUUUUGUUUUCUUGGGUUUUCUAAAUAAUGUUUCACUAUUCAACACAUUGGAAGUUCUCAAAGAGUUUUCAGACUACAAUGCCCAGAUGCAUACAUAAUCACACACACACACACACACACACACACACACACACACACACACACACACACACACAGUACUGAUUUGCUCUCUCUCUCACACACACACAUGCGCACACACACACACACACAUUUCAAUUUGAUGAGUUAUGUUUCAUUUAUUUUAUGCUCAACUGAAAUACACAACACUUAUUUUACUGUACCUUACAAACAAGUGUUGUCACAGUUGAGUGGGUUUCCUUUAAAAAAGUAAGCCAGAUAUGUUAUGAUUCUUUCACCUUCAACAAUGAUCACUUGCUUCAGGUGUCGUUAAAUAACAAGAAAUCUUAAGGCCAGUUCAUUCUCUUGCCAACUUAACAGAAAAGUUUGCUGAAGCUGGCUGGAAAAAAUGUUUCUCUAUUGUUGUUAUUUCAGUCUAAGCAUCACAAAUGAAAGGUUUUAGAUUACAAUGUAAAACAAUUAUAUUAAUGGCACUUUGACACUAGUUGCAAUAGAAAAGCUUCAGAAGCUUUUUUCAAUUUGAUCUUUUGACCAUUAACCAUGGUAACAGUUUCCCAUGGCAUUUUUGCCAAUCAGUGUACAUAUACAGCCAACAUGAUCCUGUUCCCUGGUCUCCGCCAGCAUCAGCUUCUACUGCCAUCCAGCGCCGUGCCAGUGUUUGUUCAUAACGAUGCCAUCUCUGUGUCCCACACCACUGUGAUGUCCUACUGCUGCCAUCCAGGAAGCCCACUCUACUGUGAGGUCAGAGCAUUACCAUCCCAGGGUGCCACUGCACGUUCAGGUCAUAUCGAUGCCAUCCAGCAGCAUGCCAGUCAGAGCCUAUACUAACGCCAUCACAUGACCCCAUGCCCCAGUGAGGCCAACACGUGCAGAGUCGGCCAAAUAUCUGCAUAGUACUCUCAGCUUAGGAGCAUAAUCAACACACACACACACACACACACACACACACACACCAAAUGUACAGUAUAAAAGUGAGAGCAACUGUUUCCAUCUGUUGGCCAGUAGCUCCACCGGUCUGGUUUGCGCUCAGCUGAUUGUCUUGCGGUGAUGCGUCUGGGCCUUGUGGCCCCCUGCUCUGUGGACACUCUGAGACUGGACACCCAGGAGCUCUGCUGUAGGCCCACGCUGGUCGUCCGUCGCGUAUGUGAUCAUGCACAGUAACCAUGCCAGACAUUUCUUCCGUGGGCCUACAGUCAGAUGCUGCACUGCGUGCCCACUGGAAACAAAACAAAGCCAGGCUGUUCCAGCAGAGCAGGGGAGAGAAGGCUUCUGCCGGCUCUAGGUCCAAUGAGAGGGCCGGUCGGGUUUGCCCUCGGUCCAAUCAGAUUUUGAAGGGCUGGCUGAGUUGUCCUCUGCUUCUGGACAGGCACCUAAUUUGGAAAUGUACAAAUGCGUGGCUUUCAGAAUCAACGCAGUGUUGCUGUUUAUUUGUGGUGUAUUAUUUUUAUCUGUCAUGAACAAAUCUAUGCUUAAAUGGCCAUUUGCCUUGUAAUGUUGUGCUUUACUGUUUGUUCCAUACAGUAACUUCUCAGUACUGUGGUGUUUACAUUGUAAUCAUAUCUAAAAGUAUCUCAUCCAGUUGCCUAACGAUGCCAAUGAAAGACUAAUCUCCAUCCAAUUCAUCCGUCACAAUAGCGAGAUGCGUUUCAGUUUUAUCGGGAGUUUUAGUAGGUAGUAGUGUGAAGUAUGAUCUGAUAUGUCUUUACACUAUUACACUGAAAUGCAUUAUGAGUGUGAUUUAAAUAAUUAAGACAUUAGAUAUAAAAAAAAAUUCAUUAAACUAUAUUUUUCUACAUAUCUGAGUUUUACCUGAGAGAGAGAGAGAGCGAGAGAGAGAGAGAGAGAGAGGAUGAUGAUCCGGGCUGAGUUGAUGCCUGGUGGAAUAAGAGAUCACGUCAUGCCUGGUCACGUGGCAUCGGAGUGGUUUCAUACACUAAUGUUGCACCCCGAUGGGGGCCCAUUUCUUUUUGUUCUUGCACAGGGAUGUCUCCUGAGCAGUGGAGAUGGUGUGGUUGGUUUCCACAGAUGUUCACGCUGCCUCCGUCUUGCCAGACUGCCAUCUUAUGGCGACUUGGCCUCGAUCAAUUAAAAAAAAAUGGAGGCACAGCGCUACCAGGCCACAGGCUCCCUCCACUGUUGAGCAGAAGGUGCCAUAUUUUCCAUUCGUAGAAGCAGUCUGUGUGUUACUUAGAAGAGCUUAUCUCUUCUGCACAUAACCAACUUUUGGAGCUGGAGUCCAGUCUACUGAGGGUUGUAGCAUAACUGGGACUGUCCACAGUUAUUUGUAAAUAUCCUGGUUAACAUGUAGCCGAAAGAAAUUGGGUGUGCAGUCAGCGGAGACGGUUGGGGUACUUAAUGUGUAUUAGAUGGCUGUGUAAAGAUAUUGUUGAUGCACAAUUCUCUCUUGUUGUUGAAGUGUAGUGGCUUUGCAGUUGACUUUGUUUCGUUGUAUGAUGUAAACAAUGAUUCUGUGAGUACCUAGUGAAAAAAACUAACUUUGAUCCACUGGUCAAAAAGUGAUCACUAUCCUCAACCAGCUCUAGAGAUCUGUCUGUGUGUGACAAGUUCCCAGCUCAGAAAUCGGCUGACCUUAACCCGACCCUAAGCUAACUGCAGCCCUUUUAAGGCUAACAUAAUUCUGACUAACCUUAGGAUAAUCCAACCCUAAUACAAAAACCAGCCUGUUGGGUUAUGUUGUAUAUCUGUUCCAUUGGUUGUAUCACGUCUGUGGAGAGUUGUAAAGUACGUAGCAAUAUAUCCAUGGACUCCUGUGGAUAUUCAAUGACCUCUGGGGUCCCAAAAAGGUAUUCUCAUAUCAGUUUUCACCCAAUGAGGUUGAGCAAACUGCAUCUCUCUCCAUACUCUGCUGCACCUUUGGGAAUGUUGUGGCCCCCGCAAAGGGCUACUGCUGCCUGUUGCGCUGUGUCUGUAGAACCAACCAAACUCUUCAUCUGCGUAUAUAAUGUACUGUACUUUUACUGUUUUAUUUCUUUACAAAACUUAGUGAGAAUUGUCUGCAUUUGAACUAAUUAAAUAAUGGGAAUAAAAAUGACAAGAAUACCAACA